AUGGUAUUGAACCGUGGCCAUCACCGAACUGACCAAGAGUCAGUGUCGGAUGGUAAAAUCAACGAAGGAAAUCGUAGAUCUCAACUUCCCCCUCUUCAAGAGCCAAGGACAAGCCUUAGGUCAUACCCUCCUCCAGAAGCAGGAAGGAGAAUUGUGUUCCCCACUCAGCCAGACAACAAGAGGCAACACCCUCCCACUGAGGCCAAAUGCCCCCCACAGGGCUUACUGCCAAAAGUACAGGGCACCAACAGGGGUACAAGCAAAUUCAAGGGAUAUGUUCCUGGCCUUACUGUCAGAGAUGCAGAGCGCCAGCCAAUUAAGGAAGACCUUUCCUACAUUGAUAAGGCAAUGGGCAAACCAACAAACCUUUUCCCAGAUGUUAAGGAUGGACAGGGGAUUGCUACUCGCCAUAUGCAGAAGAUCAAGAUGAAGCCAAAGGCACUGAUCACAUUUGAGGUCAUUGAACAGCAUGAGCCCCAGCCAGAUAAUCGCUACAAUGACCUGCCUCGUAUCCAGCCAAAAGUAUCACCUCGUAACAUCAGCCAGCCCAAGAUAUCGCCUCGCAUUAGCAAUCAGCCAAAGAUGUCUCCUCGCUCUAAUGAAGGCAGGGUGAACACCCCACCAAAAGGCGAGACACGAGCAGGAGGACAGAAGCUACCUUCUCUGGCAGGAGGACGUCCUGGCACAAGCAAAGCUCGCCGGGGUGUCCCAAAGCUUGGCUACUAA